AUGCUGAAGAAGAAGGCGCUGUCUUGCAUCAAGAGUGAUUCUGAUAGUGAUUCAGAUGAUGAAUUGGCCUUAAAUAAUUUUGUGGCAUUGACAACGUUUGUCUCCAGUGCUGUACCAGAAUCUGCAACAGAAACUGAAGCAAAGUCUGCAUCUGCAAGUGGCAACGAUGGAAGUGUUAGUGAUGUUGAGAGUAUUAGUGAUGAAGAAUUUGCUAGGAACUACGAUAUGUUGUAUGAACACUGGCUCAAAUUGGUUGAAGAAAAUUCAUUGUUGACUAAGGAGAAGGUCAAGUUAGAAGCUCAAGUUGCUGAAGCACAGAAGUAUGCAGUUCAGAAAGAAGAUGAAGCAACUCAAGCUAGAGUUCAGCUGGAAGAGACACAAAAGCAAUUGAGGAUGCUUCAUAAUGGUACAGAUCAGUUGAAUCAUCUUUUGAAUAUUGGAAAAAGUCCUAUGGAGCAACACAGUCUUGGAUUUAAUGGAGAAUCUUCAAAAACUGAAACUGUUUUUGUGUCAGAGGGAAGAAGAGCGACUGCAGCUACAUCUGCUUCAGAGUCGAAGCCCAUAAUUGCUUCAGAACCAAAGCCCAGAAUUACUACAGAGCCGAAGUCCAGAGUUACUACAGGGAGUGCUACUACAACUAUUUCAAGGAAAACUGUAGAAUUUCAGAGUGCACCUAGAAGAGUUUUUCGACAUGUUUGUCAUCAUUGUGGAGUUGCUGGGCAUAUUAGACCAAGAUAUUUUAAGUUAUUGAGGGAGAAUCAUCGAAGGGAGCAAGCUUGUGAUGGGAGAUUUGGUGGUCCAACAUGUUAUCGUUGUCGAGUUGAAGGACAUGUUCAACGUUAUUGUUAUGGAUUCAAUCGAAGGUUCAGUCAUGAAGGUCAAAGGUCUUUACUGUACGAGUCGACUGUACUACAAAUACUACUACAAGAGGUGAUACAGAAGUUGAGUUGUGUGAUUUGUUGA